UGUCAUUACCAACUUUCGCUGUCAUUUUAUUUUUGCUGGCCGCCGCUAGGGGCGCUCACCUUCAAGAUGGAUGCGCCCAUGGAAACCGCGCUUCAGUGUGAUCAGCCGUACAAUCUACGCAAAAAAAAUGUCAAUUACACAGAACUGUUCGACUUAAAGAUCCAAACUGAACGCAGAAAGGCUGUACGAGUACCCAACGUUGUUCUAGACGAGCAAUAUUUCAUAGAAAGAAUAAUAACGAAGAAGAAAGAGGGGAAGUCCCUGCAGUACCUAGUACAGUGGAGAGGGUUCGGACUCUAUGAUGUCACAUGGGAACCAGCUUAUCAUAUUCCCAAGGCGUGGAUCGAUCAAUUCAACAAUCCAGAUAUCGACUUAAUCGACACAAAACGCCUCGUCUUUGCUUCGAAAGAUUUUUAUGAAACUCUUCAACGUGGUCUUGUAGAGGGCAGUGUUGAAGUGAAAAUCCCGUUCCCACUUGACAUUUUCCGUUACGUUUUUUAUGGCAAAGGACAACCAAAUGAUAUCAAUGAUCAGGAUCCAGCUUUUUUAAAGUAUGACAGGGAUGAUUUUGCUGAACUAAACUUACCUGAAAACUGGUGGUACAGACUUGACAAGAAAGGACAAGGAGUGAAGGUUACAUUCCCAGUGAAGGCCAAAACUGUGAUUUCAUUUUCCCAUGGUUCAUACUGUGUUCAAGAUGGUGUGUUAGUCAAAGGAUGCAGAUUUCCAAAGGAGUUCCUUGUGUUGAAAGUGUUGUCGGUUGCCACUGACGUUGCCACUUUGUUCGUUUGAUGUCGCAUCCUUUAUGAUUUAUUUGCCAUUGUGAUUUGGGCCUACUGUACAUGCAUGUAAGGUGUAACUUUGAUCAUCUUUACUCAGGAAAACAUUUUUCACAAGGUUGUAGUUUCACUCCAGCACUGUCUUCAGAAUGUCUGAUUGUCUCAGUAAAGUACAGCUCAUAAAAUUCUCCCAGGAAGUUGCAACAGUCACAUCAUUUGAUUACCUUAGGUCAAGAUGUAGUGAACCAAUAGCCUUUUCCCUCAAUCUUACUAAUCUGUUUGUUAAGGAGUUAAGUAGCCUUAAAGCUAAAUACCCGGAGCUCACAUAUGUUUCACUGCUUAAUUGUGCUUUGCGGUUCUACAAAAUCAAAGAUUACUCGGAGCGUGUGAACCAGCGUUUGGCAACUAUUUGUUCUAGAGUAACUAAUGAAUUUCGUGGACUGAAAGGUGGUAGACGUUUUCAACAGUUGAAUGAAAAAAGCAGGUCAUUGGCAAUUUAUGAAAGUGAAUUGAUUGAUGUAAAAAAGCUGCAAAAUGAUCUACAUUCUGUCACACAAGUAAGUGAGGAGUUGACAAAAAGGUGUGCCUCAUUGUAUGAUGAACUUUUUUCUGUCAAGAAGGAAGUUCAUCAGUUGCAAAAUUCACAUACUGAGUUAAAAGAACAGGUUGAAAAAUUAGAAAGGGAACUUGCAGCCUUAAAAGAUGAGAAUGUGUUUUUGCAUGAUCAUAUCAGAAAACUACAAGGGUAUCCACUCAGAGCUUGUCAAGGUAAAAAAAUUCCACACCUCAAGAGACAGCAGCAGGUGAGAAAAUUGAAAGAGUUGAAAUCUGCAGCAGAGCGUGCAUUAUGGUUUGCGAAAACCUAUGGUCUGAUCCCUGAAACUUUAACUCUAAAAUCCACUGUCUCUGGAGAGUCACAUAAGGUAGAUUUUCUUGACAACCAUGCACACACUUCUUUUGAGAAAAUACCAGUUGAAGAGAAGAAAAAAAUUGAAAAACUUCUCUACAUCUUAGACACAUUUUAUGUAAGUGAUGCAGCAUACCACGAGAUAGCCCUAACCAGUGACUCUGGUCUGCCAUCGAAACAUCUGAUUGUUCAGUGCAGAAAUAGCCUAUCAACAUUAUUCACCAUACAUCGAUGUAGCGGUGGUGUGCCAGGGGCCUAUGUUGACUUUGAGGAGCAAAUUUCAAACCUUAUUAUAUACUCUCAAAGUGAAAUGACAGACCUGAAAAAGAUUGUGAAAAUCAGUGGUGAUGGUGCCAAAAUUACUAGGGCAUCUAAUUUUCUCACCAUGUCUGUGUCCCUUCUCAAACAAGAGGGUUUACCUUGUAGCCCUACUGUCUUGGCUAUUGUCAGUGCAUCAGAAUCAUAUGAAGUCCUUGACAAAGCUUUAGGUCCACUGAUACUACAAGUCAAUUCUGUCAUUGACAAGGGUAAAAUUCAGGUUGAUGAUCAGGAAGUCUCUAUUGAAGUACUUUUUGGGGCAGAUAUGAAGUUUCUUCAGUUAGCUUUUGGACUAAAUGGUUCAACAGCCAAUCAAAGUUGUGUGUGGUGCAAAGUUAAGAAAGAUGACCUGUGGGACACUUCAAAACCAUGGGAUCUGUACAGUACUGAUGAAAUGAAGCGCACAUACAAAAAUGUUUGUGAGGAUGCUCUGCAGGGUAGAAAUGGAGUAACAAAAGGUAUUCCUUUGUUCAAAAUUGACUCUGACAGUGUAGUUGUUGAUGAGUUGCAUCUCAUGUUGAGAAUAUCAGAUGUUCUACUGCGUAAUCUAAUUUUUGAGACUAAGGAUCAAGAUGCAGAGCUUCAUUUCAACAGUAGUGCCAAAGACAAAGCUUUGAUAGGACCAAAUUUGAAAUGCUUGUGUUCUUCCAUAAGGGCCUGUGGGGUAACAUUUAAUAUCUGGGAAGCCAAAGACCCAGUUACCCAUGGUGGAACUGGAAAACUGGAAUGGACAUCGCUUCAAGGUCCAGAUAUGAAAAAGUUACUCAUACAUUUGCCCCAGAAACUACGCUCAUGUGAUAUCCUAUUUGCUGAUACUAAAGAUGACAUAAUCAAACUUUGGGAGGACUUUCGGUCAUUACAUGUGUACCUCUGUGAAACACCACAAGAUGUUGGUGAUGUCCAUUUAACAUGUUUCCAGAAGGCAAAAUCCUGGCUAGACAGCUUUAUUUCCUUGGGAAAUAAGCGGAAGGGUUAUAAAAAAUUGAACGUUACACCUUACAUGCAUGUGUUAGUAUAUCAUGCACCAAAUGUUAUCAGACAUCAUGGGGCAUUGAAAAAUUAUAGUGCGCAAAGUGUUGAGAAGCUUAAUGAUAUUGUGAAGCGAGUAACUCUUGGAAAAUGUAACCGGGCAGAUGCCACCAGGGAUGCACUACUUGUGCUGAAGAGAAUAGAAAACUUGAAAGGUAAAGAUUUGUCUAGAAGAAAGCGUUCUUAUCAUAAAGUAUCUGAAAAGUACUGGGGGAGUGAGAAAAAGGAAAGGGCUCUGAGUAAGAAGCAAAAAAUUCUUGAAGAAAUAGAAAAUACUAAUGUGCCUGAUGAAGAAUUCCCAAGCACUGUAGAUGGAAUAAAAAGCGAGCUUCACAAAAAAUAUGGGUACAAAACCACUGCCAGAAGUUAUGAGAAAUUGAAAAAUAUCCUGAAGAUGAAGAGGAAGUUAUCAACUUAGGCCAAAUAAAAGAAUAAUUUCCAAAACUGAAGGGAUCCAGUAUUUUUUAGGUAGGUUGACCCCCCCCCCCCCCCUUUUUGAGAAUAUGGAGUCAUUCCUGAAAAAGAGCGCAAAAAUUUGAUGAAUAAGCUUUCAUAAUAUGGUGUACGUACUGAGUUUGUGGACAACUUUCAAGACUUAAAAGUAGUUUUGUUGGGGGUCAACCUACCAUAAUGUAAAAAGUAUUGCAAAAAUUUUGGGGCAUCAGAGGUGAGCGGAGACUAUCAUCAACAUAUUUGUUAUUUGAUGAAAGCAGUUAACAGACAUUUGACAAAGCUGGAUUGGAAAAUAACAAAUUAAUGUGUGUGAGAAAAGCACUGCAGAAUCAAAGAAGUUUUGUUAAAGGCAUUUUUCUGUUUGAAGUUUUUAUUGUUGAAGUUUUCAAAUAUUUUUUAUUGUAAUUGUUUUGAAAUAUUUUUGUAUGUACUUUUUAACAUAAUCAAAAGUGAAGCAAAAUGCUCAAUAAAGUUUUAUUUGUAUUGUUGAUUAAA